UCUCGGAGGGCGUGUCGUUUCUGUGACACACCGGAAGAACACCCCUCCUCUUCCUCUUCCUGUAUCUUCCUCCUUCCGGCUUGCCCGAAGAAAGUUGAGGGGAGGUUCAGCGGCAGCCGGGCUUCGACACAAUGGACAGCCAGGGGAGGAAAGUGGUGGUCUGCGACAACGGCACCGGGUUCGUAAAAUGUGGCUUCGGAGGCUCCAACUUCCCCGAGCACAUCUUCCCUGCGCUCGUCGGGAGGCCGAUCAUUCGCUCGACCGCCAAAGUGGGAAACAUUGAGAUCAAGGACCUGAUGGUGGGCGACGAGGCCAGCGAGCUGCGCUCCAUGCUGGAGGUCAACUACCCGAUGGAGAACGGCAUCGUGAGGAACUGGGACGACAUGAAGCACCUGUGGGACUACACCUUCGGCCCCGAGAAGCUCAACAUCGACUCCCGCAACUGCAAGAUCCUGCUGACGGAGCCGCCCAUGAACCCCACCAAGAACCGCGAGAAGAUCAUUGAGGUGAUGUUUGAGACCUACCAGUUCUCUGGCGUCUACAUUGCUAUUCAAGCCGUGCUGACGCUGUACGCUCAAGGCCUCCUGACCGGCGUGGUGGUGGACUCGGGGGACGGGGUGACACACAUCUGUCCGGUGUACGAGGGCUUCAGCCUGCCUCACCUGACCAGGCGCCUGGACAUCGCAGGCCGGGACAUCACCCGCUACCUCAUCAAGUUGCUGCUGCUGAGGGGCUACGCCUUCAACCACUCUGCAGACUUCGAGACGGUGCGCAUGAUGAAGGAGAAGCUGUGCUACGUGGGCUACAACAUCGAGCAGGAGCAGAAGCUGGCGCUGGAGACCACCGUGCUGGUGGAGUCCUACACGCUGCCAGAUGGCCGUUUGAUUAAGGUGGGCGGCGAGCGCUUCGAGGCCCCCGAGGCUCUGUUCCAGCCCCACCUCAUCAACGUGGAGGGCGUCGGAGUGGCCGAGCUCCUAUUCAACACCAUCCAGGCGGCCGACAUCGACACCAGGUCCGAGUUCUACAAGCACAUCGUCCUGUCGGGGGGGUCCACCAUGUACCCGGGUCUGCCGUCUCGGCUGGAGAGGGAACUGAAGCAGCUGUACCUGGAGCGCGUGCUCAAGGGAGACGUGGACAAGCUGUCGAAAUUCAAGAUCCGGAUCGAGGACCCCCCCCGGAGGAAGCACAUGGUGUUCCUGGGCGGAGCCGUGCUGGCCGACAUCAUGAAGGACAAGGACAACUUCUGGCUGACCCGGGAGGAGUACGAGGAGAAGGGGGUCCGCGUGCUGGAGAAACUCGGCGUCACCGUCAGAUAAAGCAACCGGGACGGACAGACCACACACACACACACACACACACACACACACACACACACACACACACACACACACACACACACACACACACACACACACACACACCCUCGCCCACAUCGCAGAGUAAACAUCUAUUUAUCCCUCUUCUUCUUCUCCUCUCGGCUGUUGAUGUUCCUCAAACAUCAGGAGGGAAUCGAACCGCUGCCCUCUCUCCUCCCCCCCACACCCCCACACCCCCCAGCAAGCGGAUUCACACUGAGACCCCACAAAGGGUUAAUGUUGUCCUGCUUGUGUUGUUGUUGGUGUUUUUUUUUAUUCAUGCAGAAGGUUCCAAAAUCGUUUUUGUUUGUUUUUAAAUUGUUGGGUAAAUAAAAUCCCUGGUUCUGGGAUUCUAAUUAUUUUGGUUUGUUCUGCUUCUACUUUUUCGACUCAUCAUGCUCCUCUUUGAUUGGUCGGUGUUGCGGUGCACGAAUAUCUUUUUUUGUAAUUGGAGUGUUUUGUGUAACAGAAGUUCCUCCAUGUUUUGUUUCUAUUAAUAAAUAAUUAAUCUACAAAAAGGGACAAAGACGCACAAAAAGCCUCGUGGCUUGAUGAGUGUGUGACGGUACUUCUUUUUUGGGGGGGGGGGGGGGUAGUAUUUGUUCCUCAGCAGUCGGUUUGGAAGAAAAUACAAAUGGUUGAAAUACUGUAAUCAUAUUUAAGUCCUCCAGUCUCAGUGAUUGCUGGAGGCACUUCUUCUAUUUUGAGUAUUAACAAAAUAAAAAGUGUAUAUUUUUUCUUUCUUUUCCUCCAGUGCCAAGUGCCGUUCAUGUUGACUUCAUCUCUCGCGUCUUAAUGUCUUUUUUUUUUUUUUUCUCCACCGUUUUUUCAUUUUCCUGUGUUGUUCAUAACUGGCUAACGCUGAUUUAAAUAAAGAAAAGUGAUUUAUA